AUGAAGUGUAUGCGCUGGCUACUGCUCGUAGCGGCAGCUCUGGCUUCGGUACAGGCUCUUGAGGACGUCAUGGCGUCUCACUCGUUAAUGGAACUCAAGCAGAUUCUUCUGGCUUCCUCGCAGCUACAGAACGGGCGCCGACUGCUGAGUAUCGACCUUUUUGAGGACCACGCGGCGCGGUAUUUAACGACCACUGAAGACACGUCGAAGGAGGUUGUGCCGCUUUAUAAGCUAUAUAAGGAGCUGUAUCCGACGCAGGUGGCGGCUUGGGCCACGACAGAGUCCCUGCAGCUCACGUACUUUGAGAAGAACGUGUUUCCUAAAAUUAAAAACAAGGCAGAUAAAUUGCUCAAGACCUCGAGACUCGGGGCUAACGGACUGAAAAAUGGCGAUGAAUCAGAUGGUCAGAUGAACAAAGGUGACGGUUUGACGCCGUCGGGAAACUCAAACUCUCAGAUCAGUAACAGCAAAACUCCUUAUAGUGGGGUUUCUCCGAACAGAGGAACAUCUGCGAACGGAGGAACGACUCUAAGUGGAGGAACACUUACGAGCGAUGGCAUGUCGGCCAACGAUAGAGCGUCUGGUGACACGUCCGGUCGUGGCAGUAUGUUUAUGAAUGGUGACCGCAUUUCUACAAAUGGUGGUGGCACGCCGGCUGAAGGUGGUGGCACGUCGGUUAAAGGUGGUGGCACGUCGGUUAAAGAUGGUGGCACGUCGGCUGAAGGUGGUGGCACGUCGGUUAAAGGUGGUGGCACGUCGGUUAAAGGUGGUGGCCCGUCGGCUGAAGGUGGUGGUGCGUCAGGUAAAGGUGGUGGCACACUGGCUGAAGGUGGUGGGACGUCGGCUGAAGGUGGCGGCUCGUCGGCUAAAAAUGGUGGUACGUCGGUUAAAGGUGGUGGCAUGCCGGCUGGAGGUGGUGGCACGUCGGCUCAAGGUGGUGGCACGCCGGCUCAAGGUGCUGGCACGCGGCUCAAGGUGCUGGCACGCGGCUCAAGGUGGUGGCACGUCCGCUCAAGGUGGUGGACAUCGGCUCAAGGUGCUGGCACGCCGGCUCAAGGUGGUGGCACGUCCGCUCAAGGUGGUGGCACAUCGGCUCAAGGUGGUGGCACGCCGGCGGAAGGUGGUGGCAUAUCCACUAGCAGAAGAAGUAUAACUGUCAGUGGGACUUUGGCGGCGACGUCAACGUCUACGCCGACAAGGAGUGCAUCGGGAACCUCGUUCUGGUCGGCGACGUAUAAUUCGAAGCUGUCGACUAUCGUAGGCUCGCUGUCGUCACAGGUAGGUACGAUACAGACGGUCGUGCAGUCGUCUUCUGGUAGCAGCUCGUCUAGCUCCUUAGCCGUAAAUCGUUACACGGCGCCAACGACUAUCCAGGGCUACACGAGUCCGAGCCGUCGUUACCUCACCGACGGCACCUCACACUCGUCGAACAUCGAUUUGCUGUUCUGUGAUGUGGCGGGCAAUGCCAUCUGGAAAUGGAGCGCACAGGACGUGCCGGAUGCCACAGUCACCAACACGUCCAGUUCCACGACGGAAAUUGAUGUGGAUGUGAAUGGUGUCUGCUCUGCUACCACGACCCUGACUGUGUCCGCUUUCCAGAGUGGUUGCUCAUAUCAGAACCACCCCGAGGGCUGCGACAAUGUGUACUACAAAGGAUGCAGUGGUAUCACCGUUUCUCCCACAAGUGAUCGUAUCGUGAUUGCUCGUAACGCUGGCCGUACCCUUGGUGUGCUGAACUACAAGUCGGUCGGCAAUAGUUGCCAGGGUCAAAUUGUGGAUGCUAUCACGAUGUAUCGUGGCAAGAAGUUUAACAGUCCGUCGUACGCUGAGUACGCGAGCAACGGCAUUCUGUACUUCACAGAUAGCCCCUUCGGCCUGGCUACCAGCGACGCCGACUUUGAUGGUGACACUCUCGACAAAUCUCCGCUCCGCGAGAUUCCGUUCAAUGGCGUUUACAUGCUGCGCAAUGGUACCAACCAAUCUGUGGAACUUGUGGACUGUGACAUGACGCGUCCUAACAAGAUUGCAUUCUCGCCGGCCCAGGAUAUCAUGUACAUCACCAACUCGCAGAAGAAUAACUCAUACGUAAAGAGUUACAACAUGGCGGACGACGGCACAGUCAGCAAGUCGAGUAUUUUCUUUAACUUCACGGCUCACCCUGAGUUGGAAACGGAGGCUGGCUAUGCUACGGGCAUUAAGGUGGACGAUAACGGCUUCGUAUACGUUGUCUGUUACAAGGGCGUGUACGUCUUUUCGCCGGAAGCUGAGCUAGCUAGCGCCAUCAUGAGCUCCGAGGAGCUCGACUCCGUUUCCAUGGCUCUCGGCCGCCUAUUCAUCUCUGGCAGUUUUGGCCUUGUGGCGCAGACUAUUGGUGUUCCUUCGCAAACGCUUCCCCGGGCUGCGGUCACGUGCAGUGCUUAG